UAUCGGGACAGCUGUUAUCUAAUCUCCGCCCCAAUGUCGUCACAAGCUCCGGAGCUCUCCCUCACGCAUCAAACUUCCUCACAAAUCAUCCCGCCACCUCCAUGUUCCAUCACAAAUAGCCUUAUUUAAUUCACUAAAUCUAUUCUCUGACUCAUACCUGAAACAAUCACAGGCUACUUGCUGGCUUCGCCAAGUUGGCUCGAUCCUCAGGCCAGCCAGAUUCACCCUCUUCACUCCUCGCUUAGCAAGCAUUCGCAAACUGCCGAGUCUCCCGCCACCCUCAUUCCUGAUUGCACUCUCACAGGUGAAGCCGCCAUGACGACACCUAACAACGGGCAAAGCUCGGACUCGUCGUCGCCGAUUCACCGCACUACUUCAACUGAUGAAGUCCAGACACAUCUCACGCCCGGCCGAUUGACACACGGUCCAAUCUGGUUCUAUGACGUGGAGGAAGAGGAAGAGGUAUUUGAAGAGGAUGACGACGAGGAUUAUGACUAUGAGGAAAAUACAGACAUUGUGGUGGGUGAUCAGGUAGACGGCGAGGACGACGAUGAUGAGGGCGACGACGGUGAGGGCGACGACGAUGAGGGCGACGACGAUGAGGGCGGAAAUGAGGAGGACGAUGCAAGUGCUGAACGGAUCCUUGAUCUGCUACGAACCGGUGCCAGAACAGGAGUAUUGACCAGAGGCCAACUCCUCGCCCUAAUGCGCAACCCAGAGUUGACCAAUGUCUUGUUCCAAGACGAUAUCGAAAGCGACGCCGAGUUUCUUCAGUGGCCACCGCGGAGACACAGACCGAGGACGCCCAAGGACCCAAACCGCUUCCCCAAGGUCCCGAGCGAGGAAGGCAUCAAGUUGAUGCGGUCCGGAGCCUUUGGUGCGAAUGACUACAACAUGCGUGCCAAGAAGCAUCUUGCCCAACGUAUGCUGGAUAGUGAACUAGCCAUAGGCAACCAAGGAGAGCGAAAGAGAAACAGAGACUUGGUAGCGCAGAGCAUGAUUCCGCGCAGCAGAGCAGAGCAGAUCAUUCAUUUCGAUGACCCUGUAUACUCGGGUCAGUUCUCAGAUGACGGUAACUUCUUCUUCGCCUGCUCCCAAGACUUCAAGGUCCGAAUGUACAACACGUCAAACCCCUACAACUGGGAGCACUACAAGACGGUCAGCUAUCCUUGGGGCCAGUGGACUUUGACAGAUGCAUCGCUGAGCCCCGACAACAAAUGGCUCGCCUACACGUCGAUUCAAUCCUUGGUUUCGAUCGCGCCGACGGAUCCGAACGAUACGGGAGACCCUUACACCCUGGAACUCGACGAUGGCACCAGGCGAGGGUUCCGGCGAAGUUCAUUCGGCAUCUGGUCUAUCCGAUUCUCAGGAGACGGGAGGGAGCUGGUGGCGGGAACCAGUUCGUCGUCGGUCGUUGUGUACGACAUUGAAUCCCGUACCGUGUUGCACAACAUCCAAGCCCACAAUGACGACGUCAACGCAGUUUGCUUUGCCGACAAGAAAUCCCCGCACAUUCUCUACUCCGGAUCCGACGACACGACUAUCAAAGUAUGGGACCGUCGAUGCAUGGGUUCAACCAGAGAAGUGGGCGCGUUCGUCGGGCACAUUGAAGGAUUGACGUAUAUUGACAGUAAGGGCGACGGUCGUUACAUUCUCAGUAACGGCAAAGACCAGAGCAUGAAGUUGUGGGACAUGCGCAUGGCCUAUGGUACUGAUCGGUUCCACGAAAUUGAUCCCUCACAUGAGCAGGCUAGCGACUUUGACUAUCGAGGUGGCACAUACGACGAGGAGGACUGGAGCCCCCAUCCCAAGGACAACUCUGUGGUGACAUUCCGAGGGCACAAGGUGCUCCGGACGCUCAUCAGAUGCCAUUUCUCGCCAGAGUCGUCCACCAAUUCGCGGUACGUCUACUCAGGCAGCGCCGACGGAAAGGUGUACAUUUGGAACUUGGAUGCCACACUGGCGGGGACAGUUGAUGUCAAGAAGGCAACCAUGGGGACGCGGCCGGCCGACCAGCAUUCACGCUUCAUUCAUCUUGACGAACCUGGUGGCUGGGGAACUUGUGUUCGCGAUGCGAGCUGGCAUCCUAACGCUCCGGUGCUCGUUGCCUCUGCGUGGAACGGGUACAACAUGGCACGGGGAACGUGUACGCUACACUCAUUCAACGAGACGAUGGACGAUGAAGGCGAGCCGCCGAUGGGACGAAGUGUCAAUGACGUUCUCAAGCCGGACCCGCACUUGUUCCAGUCGACGUAUCCGAUCCCGUAGAUGUUGCAGAAAUGACUUUGGACAUAUGUACACUAUGGGCAGUUACUUAACAGGAGCGUUCCUCAACCAAGCCGGGAUAAGUUUAUGAAGGUGAAAUCUGCAUCCUCAUGUGAGAGGCAUUGGAAGGAAGACGACGUGGAUAUGCGCUAAUGGGAGGUUCUAUGCCAUGUUGACGCAUGAGUCGACGGGGGAAUUCAGAUGCCGCUAAAAGGGGCAGCGGGCGGUUUGUUGUUCCGGCAGCGCCACAGCACCAGCCACGAACCUGUGAGACCAGCGUAAAGAGCCAGCGUAAAAAUGCGGACCUCUGCGGCUUGCUCCUGCCACUCAGA